GCACGUCUGUCAUUCUCCCCCCGGACACUAGGGGGCAGGCUGCAUCUACAGCGCGGCCCUGGUCUGGGCUGUGGAGAGGCGCUUGUUUUGUUGACAUCGUUUUAAAAGCAGCCAAACAGAGUAUAUGACAAUGGAUCAGAAGAUUCCUUAUGAUGACUACCAGCUCCCAGUGGUGUUUUUGCCUUCAUAUGAAAACCCCCCUGCAUGGAUACCGCCUCACGAGAGGGUCCAUCAUCCUGACUACAACAAUGAACUCACCCAGUUUCUGCCUCGGACAAUUGUCUUGAAGAAGCCCCCUGGAGCUCAGUUAGGUUUCAACAUUCGUGGAGGCAAGGCUUCACAAUUGGGGAUCUUUAUUUCUAAGGUUGUCCCUGACUCUGAUGCACACCGAGCAGGGUUACAAGAGGGCGACCAAGUUCUUUCUGUAAAUGAUGUAGAUUUUCAAGAUAUAGAGCAUUCGCGGGCUGUAGAAAUUCUCAAGACGGCAAGGGAAAUCCUCAUGAGGGUUCGCUUCUUUCCUUACAAUUACCAAAGACAGAAAGAGAGGACUGUACACUAGGUGGCACCAGAGGCAUCACAGAGGUUGUUUAAAGAGGGGCCAUUUUUUAUUUCUGUUUCUACUAACGCAUAACAUAUCUAGAUCACCAUGUUUUUUUUUGAGAAAGCUAUAUUCACUGAAAACAACGUAUUGACAUGUUUUAUAAGUUUCACUUUAGUCCCCCCUCCCUUUGCGCACCAUGCUAAGUCACUCACUUGUCAGAGUGACAUCACAACCCACUAAUGAAAGUAUUGCACAUUACAUCAGGUUUGUCAAGUUGCCGUGUACUGUGUUGUAUUAUGUUUUUGAGUAUUUAUGGAGAAUUGUUGUGUGGGAGCAUGGGUGAUGCUAAACUGUAAGGAGGGUUCGAAUAGGGCCCAGGAGAGAUUACUAAAUUACUCGAACAUGCAUGGAUGGCAUCUAAAACCUCUUCAGACAUGUUUUUGAUGAAGGAACAAUGUUAUAACAUGGAGGAAAGCUAAAAAAAAGAUUUUGCAUAAUACUACCUUUUAAAAGAUGACUAGGGCACCCAAUUCUUGCUCAUUUCUAUUUCAAGUAACAUAACAUGACAACUGACUUUUCAAUGAUUAUUUAUGGAGCAUUAUAUCCAUUCAUACCUCUGAAUGUAUGUGCGGCAAAAUGCUAAACACUACCCUGCCAGUAAGGCUUUUGAUCUCUGUAAUAUUAAGGUGACUUGACCU